AUGGCGAAUGAAUCUCCAAAGUCUAUCUACGACUUCAACGUCAAGGAUAUUGGAGGUAAUGAUGUGAAUUUGAGCCAGUUCAAAGGCAAAACUCUUCUUAUUGUAAAUGUUGCAUCCAAAUGUGGUUUGACGGAUGCAAACUACAAGGAACUGAAUGUUUUGUACGAGAAAUACAAGGAACAAGGCUUGGAGAUAUUGGCAUUCCCGUGUAACCAGUUCUUGGGACAAGAACCAGGAAACAAUGAAGAGAUUCAACAAACUGUAUGCACCAAAUUCAAAGCUGAAUUCCCAAUUUUUGACAAGGUAGAUGUGAACGGGAAGAACACGGCGCCGUUGUACAAAUACUUGAAAGCAGAGAAAGGUGGUUUGCUUAUUGACGCCAUCAAAUGGAACUUCACCAAAUUCUUGGUUUCUCCUGAUGGUAAAGUCUUCCAAAGAUAUUCUCCUAGAACCUCUCCUCUUCAAUUCGAGAAAGACAUUCAAACUCUGUUGGGACAGGCUUCUUCUUGA